AUGGAUGAAUAUACCAUAGUUGUUGCCUUUAAUAUAAAAUUAGGUGAAGCUAAAGGGAGUCUGGGGCCAACAGCAACACAAAAGCACGACUUUCUGCCUAACUAUGCUUUGUGGCUGUAUGGUCUGCUGCCAAACUUCACUGCUACCUUUGCUGCUGCCUGCUGCCGACACUUCUCCCAAAGCUCCAACCCCAUCGAUUCUCUGGACAUUCUAAUCCACCGCCACGCCCUGAACGCGCUAGUCAACCAGCGGCGGCCCCGCACGGGCGCGCUCUACAACGCCACCCUCCCGGCCAACCUCGCAGGGAUGAAGCUCUCAGUGGUGCGGCUACGAAGCAAGACGCUAUGGCGAAAAGGCGCGAAUUUUAGCAACUUUCAUAUCCCCCCAAAGACCCUCCCAGUCCCCUAUGUUAAACGGGUGCUCAUAGUUUCCCACGAUCUAGGCAACUGGUCCUCCUCUCAGUACUUCAAUCUCUCAGUCUCAGGCUACUCCCUUCUCACAUCCAUCGUAGGUUUCACAAUCUACGACUCCUCGUCCAAACAUCCCAACAUUAAAAACCUCACGCGCCUCGACCUUAACAUCACCACGGGAAUACCUAUAUCCGUUGAGUUCAAGAACGUGUCAAGUGGGGCCCGGGGAAAGACAAAAUGUGCGAUAUUUGAUGGUAAAGGGGAAGUGGUUCUAAGUGGUAUGGAAUUUCCUAAUGUUUGUUAUACGAGAAAGCAAGGCCAAUUUUGUGUGGUGGUGGGGAAUAAGAGGAAGGUGGGCGCGUGGGGGUUUUGGCUGAUUGGGUUUGGUGUUGGGGUUUUUGGGUUGGGUGCUGUAGGGGUGGCUGGGAAUUUGUUGCGUGGGAUUGUUAAGGCGAAGAAGAAUUGUGAAAUGGAGAAAGAAGCAGAGGAUGGUGAGUUGAUGGAGAGCAUUUGGAUCUACAAUAGCACCAAAAUGCCUCGAGCUAUGGUCACAAGGACUCAUCCUGCUGCAGUGAUGGAUAAUUCAAGUCUUCAUUAGAUAUACUCUCAUCUAGCUUUCAACAACCUGUACUUCAUUUCUAUUCCUGCAUAUUGCCCUGUAAAAAUAUAUUUAAAGAUAUCAUAGUGUGUUU